AUGGAUCUGCUGCUGCUGGUGAACACGAGCCUGGGCUCCCCCAACGAGUCCCUGGCGCUGCCCCCCGCCUCGCCGUCCUCUUCGGCCCUCCUUCGGCCGCCCUCCCCCUACUCGCCGGCGGCCGUGGCCAGCCUGGCGGCGGUGGUGGGCUUUCUCAUCGUCUUCACCAUCGUGGGCAAUGUGCUGGUGGUGAUAGCUGUGCUCACCAGCCGGGCUCUGAGAGCCCCUCAGAACCUCUUCCUGGUGUCCCUGGCCAGCGCGGACAUCCUGGUGGCUACCUUGGUCAUGCCUUUCUCCCUAGCCAACGAGCUGAUGAAUUACUGGUACUUCGGCAAGGCUUGGUGUAACAUUUACCUGGCGCUGGAUGUGCUCUUCUGUACCUCGUCCAUCGUCCACCUGUGUGCCAUCAGCCUCGACAGGUACUGGUCGGUCACACAGGCGGUGGAAUACAACCUCAAACGGACACCCCGGCGGAUCAAGGCCAUCAUCCUCACGGUCUGGCUCAUUUCAGCCAUCAUCUCCUUCCCGCCAUUGAUCUCCGUGUACCGGGACCCUGAAGGAGAUGUCUUUCCCCAGUGCAAGCUCAAUGACGAGACAUGGUACAUCCUUUCUUCUUGCAUAGGCUCUUUCUUUGCCCCCUGCCUCAUCAUGGUGUUGGUCUAUAUCCGCAUCUACCGCGUGGCCAAGCUAAGGACCAGGACCCUCUCUGAGAAGCGUACGAUGCCAGAGGGGUCCUCCCAGACUGAGAAUGGCUUGAGCCGCGCUGCUGGCGGCUGCACGUCCAUGAGGAUGCAGCUGGGAGAGAAUGGACAUUAUUCGGUUCACCACUGGCGCAAAGCCUCUGAGCUGGAGGACAUUGAGCUGGAGGAGAGCAGCACCUCAGAAAGCAGGCGGAGGCGGAGCCGGGAGGAGCAUCCCCGCAAGAGCAGCAAGAGCCAGUCCUUCUCCUACUCAUACUCCUCCAAGCACUCCAGUAGCCGCCUGUCCCGCGCCAGCAAUCGCUCCAUGCAGUUCUUCUCAUAUCGCCGUCGCCGGAAGCGUAGCAGCAUCUGCCGUAAGAAAGUUGCCCAGGCCCGUGAGAAACGCUUCACUUUUGUGCUGGCUGUGGUCAUGGGGGUCUUUGUAGUUUGCUGGUUCCCUUUCUUCUUCAGCUACAGCCUCUAUGGUAUUUGCCGGGAGGCAUGCGAGGUCCCUGAAACUCUCUUCAAGUUCUUCUUCUGGAUUGGGUAUUGCAAUAGCUCCCUCAACCCAGUCAUCUACACCAUCUUCAAUCAGGACUUCCGCAGGUCCUUUAAACACAUUCUUUUUAAGAAGAAGAAGAAGAACUUCCGGCACUGAGCUGGAGGGAUGGAUUUGCCUCGAGAAGGAAUAGAGUUAAAAGAGAAGGAGAUGGCUCAAUGCUGGAGAAGAAGGGAGGGAAGAGAACAUGGGGUUUGGGCUUAGGGAAGAGGGCUGGCCCCCUUGGUGGAGCAGGGUGGUGCUGUGGGUUACAGGGAUGGUGUUGGGGAGGCUGAGGGCAUUCAGUGUGGUACAGAUGGGCAGCAUGGUGCUGGAGGAGCAGUGCUGGAGUUUGGAUGGGUAAAUGGGAAGGAGAGUGAUUGUCUUUGAGCCCUGAUGGAGGGUGUGGGGAGCCUGCAGAGGAAAAUAGGCUAAGACACUGAGUCUGGGAGGCAGUGAGCUUUUAUGGGCUCUCUGGAGUUUUGUGGAAAAACAAAAACAGACUUCAAGAGGAAAGGGUUAAGUGGCAGUGAUGGUGGAGAUUUCAGUAUUUAUAAAUAGAGCAGCUGGGGCCUAUGGUGGAUUUGUCCCAGUAAGAAAUUGGCUUUUACUGCUUGUGUGGGGAAGGAAAGUGCAAAGUACCAGGCACUGACAGUGUUUUGAGUUAUGAAAGGAUUUAAAUGUUUGCCAAAAAACCCUAAAGAACAAUCCAAACUCUUUUCUAAAUAAACCUUUGUACUGUUAAAACCUUCUGAAUCAUGAUUUUGCACAAGGGAUGAAGUCAAAGAGAAAGCAUGGGGUUUUCUUUUCCUUUGAAGAGGUCUUGCCUAUAGAGCUGGCUGAGAAACAUUUUUCCUCUCUUCCCGUAGUUUUUGAUUAGUCAGUGGGACAAACCUAGGAGUCUUGCAUUUUUUCAUGAAAUAUGAAAAAGAGCACAUACACCACAUGACCUCAUUUGCCCCUGAUGGAUCACCAGGCAGUAAAUUCCUGCUCCAUCCCUCUCAGAUCAGUGUCCUGGGGACCUUGUUGUCCUGGAGCAGAUAGUGAAAAAAAAGUGAUUUUGGUGACUUUGCCUAACAUUUUCUGAGAUAAAAGGAAAAAAACAAGUUUUCACUUGCAUGUGCCCAGGGGAACUUCCCCCCUGUCCUCUCCCUCUUUUUCAGUGCCCCUCAAAAGGCUAAUCUCAGGGCUGGAUUUGUGCUGCUCUCAUUCUCAGACAGGCAGUUGAAGGCAGUCUGCUAUGCAGAUUUUCAGAGGAAGAGCAAUCACCGCACCACUAAGGUCUUUAAAUCCUUCGUAUUUACAGUCUUAGGACAACUAAAUCCUUUAUAUUUAUUUUUUAAUAAGAAGCAUACAUUGCAGAUUGUCAGUGUCGUAUGUGAACAAAUCUCAAAAGAAGGUGCAGCUGUUCCAAACCUUUAGUAUUAGUGUUGCUUGCUUUCUCUUCUCUUGUUUGCAUUUCUAGUUUAUGAUUUCAGAGGAUUUUG